AAACAUGCAAUAUGUGUUACUUGUGUGUGAUCUGAUUUGAUGCGUUUGAUAUACUAUAUAGUUUUCAUGUUAUCAAAUAUAUUUACCAGAAUAUUCCAUUGGUAGGAUUAUAAGUCUAAACAUGAUAAUAGUAUGGAUUCAACUUGUUUCUUUUUUCCAAGGUAUUUCAUGCCUUUUAUUCCUACCUAACCAAACGUUUGACUAUCUUGACGCGGUAAAAUACUGCGCUUCCAAAAACAACAGUGUUUUGUCAAACUUAUCAGAUGCAAAACAAGCAAGAAAUCAAUGCGUGCUAACUAAUUGUGACGUAUGGUAUAAGAGAAGGCAGGCAGAUCCAGAUUUAGGUUCAGAAAAGCCUGAUGGAAUGUGUUAUGUAUACGGCAGCUACUGGAAGCCAUGUAGGGAAAAGUUGUGGUUCUUUUGUAAUGAUGGAGAGAAUCCUGGAUCAGUUCAAUGUGCAAGACCGAAAGGAAUCAUUGCAUGUUCACCACCUGCAGGCCAACUCAAUGACAGGAAGAUACCAUUCCCAUUAAUGAACUAUUCUAAUGACCACUCACGUAAAAACACAAACGAAAAGUCAACAAAGCAGGAUAUUGGUAAAAACAACUUGAUUGAUUUUAACUUCUACGAAUGGAUGAUUUUAGCAGGUGCUGUUGUUCUAGCUAUCUUUGGAACUUUAGUCGUUGUUGGUGCAAUUUUGAAAUGCCGCAAACCAACACAGCUUGCAAAAGACAAGUUGCUAACCACUCAAGAAGACACUGAUCUUGGAAAAUACAACACUGAAAGCAAAUGGUACGAAGGCACUCAUAGAUUUAUCAAUGAGCCACCGCAUAUUUACGACAAAUCCAUCAAUGCACCACAGGAAAUUUACGACAAAUAUAUCAAUGAACCACCGCACAUCUACGACAAAGCUGAAAUUACAGUCUAUGAUUAUGCAAUUUAAACUCAUCUGCUCUUUAAUUGAUAAGUCUUCUUACAACGGUAUAACAAUAACUGUUCAUUUAGGUACAUUUUGCCGUUAUGCAUCAAUUAGAAGGUAGUAAGAACGAGUGGAAAAAGAUAGUUCUUUACAAUUUCUAUGUGACAUUAAAAUGCAAUGUAACAAAAAAAACUUAAUAAAUCAAAGAAUUGGAAUAUAAUAACAAAAAAAUAAGAUUGUGACUGAUAACAAUAAUAAUGAACGCAUAUGUUACGCUCUUUCAUGAGGACUGUUGUUGGUUGGUUUUAUGAUAAAUAUUUGUUUUUAUAUUUGGAUUAGUUAUUAUGUAAGCAUGUGUCAGUUCUUUAAAUAGUUAACGAUUUUG